AUGCAGAAAUUGCUGGCUCAGACCUAUCUGCCGAAAGGGACUUCUGAUAACGAUUCAGCUGCUUGGUUCAUCGCCGGUUCCGAUUUCUUCACGGCAGCUGCCUAUACUCAGUGGAUUGCGAAAGACGCCGACUUACAGCUGGCCAACAGGAAUACAAAAAUUUUUCUAUUUGAACAAACCUAUGGGUCGAGGGUGAUGCAGUCAAACACUAGCGAUGUCGUGACCCAGAAGUUAAAAGGCUAUCGACCCGUAACACACUCCUCUGAUAUUCCAUUUGUCUGGAUGCAAGACAAGCUUUGGGAGGCGGAAGUGCAAUUUAACCGAACAAUUCCAUUUGAUUAUACACUAGCUAAUGCUUAUGGAUAUUGGUGGACCAAUUUUGCAAAAUAUGGAAGGCCGACGCUUGACAAUUCCUGGCGGCCGGUCCCGAGUCGAUCGCGGAUGCAACACUUUAGAAUUGAUAAACCCGAGCUGGGGGGUAUGCGAAUGGUGGAUGGAUAUAAGGCAUUGGAUACGUUGAUUUUUCAGGACGUUCUGACGGGUCUAUACGGCGAUUCACCUCAACCAUAU